UUGAUUGGCGCCGUGGUAAGGGCAGGCAUAGAGAGCGACAUUUUCAACAAUGCCGCGUGUGGGUUACCAGUGACGUCAGACCAAGCAUCGAUCCCUGGGGCACACAUACGAGUUGUAUGUGACCCGCCCGUGAUUGCGCAAUACAUCAGUGUGGACGACGAUGUCCCUUAUUUACAAGUAAACUCCCUAGCACUGUGCGAAGUGAUGGUUGAAGAGUACUCCAUGGAAGAAUGCCUUCAGACGUCAACUACUGAUAUGUCAACAACCACUGAUAUGUCGACAGCUGCAAUGAUCGAGGACCCGUCGUUCUCCAUCACCUGCAUGUCCACAUUGAUGUUUGUGGACAAACAAAUCACCAGCGCACGCCCUCUGUUGGUCGCUAACAAGAAGUCACCCACGCAAUGUUUCAUGCGCUGCAAGUUGAAUAACGAGUGUUGGUCUUUCGACUACGUCAUGACUUCUGGUCAGUGCAGGCUCUACGAUGUAAAGGCUGGAGACUUGAAGGCAGAUGAUCAGCCAGGCUGCUUGGUGUAUGCAGUAGUCCGUGGCUAGACCAGUAUUGCAGUAUUAUUAUUUGACUUCGCGCUCGAUGUAUUGCAAAUUGUAUUCAUUUCAAAUGUCCUUGCCCUACGGCUGUUCAUAGAAGUCAGUUAUUCCAACUUUCUUUUGUGUUUCAUAACCUUGCAUUAUCUGAAGGCUGACAUAAUUUGUAAUCAGUAUACAACAAACAAAGUUAAUAAACAGUAUAGGCAUGGAAACAAAUUCAUUAAUUAUCAAAUAAAUUAGCCAAAACCAUAACAUAUACUUAAUUAUUUGUCUUUUCAAAUGUCAAAAUCCUAUAGCCAGACCCUCAGUCUGUGAAAUGCGUUGUGG